AUGAGUCGAGCACGUUAUACAGUUUCAAUGGAUGCUCUAAAUUCAUCGCAAUAUGAUGGACGGAUGUCUUCAGAAAAUGCUGUUACAAGUGGCAUUGAUAUUCUUCGAUCUAUAAGUUCCUUGUCGAUCAAACAACGGCCAUCAGUAGCAGAGGCAAUUCUCGGAAUUGCCAUGCCGGCUAAAUUCGACAUCUUUACUAAUACUGGUGAACAAAUUUUUCAUGCGUUUGAAGAAUCAGGAUUUUGUCAACGUUUGUGGUGUUCAAGCGCUCGACGUUACACAUUACAUGUCAUGAACAAUAGGCAACAAGAAGUCAUGAGAAUCCAUCGAGAAUUCACGUGUUGUGCCGGAUGUUGUUGGUGUGCUUAUUGUUCUGGUUGUCAACAAGAAGUUACAAUAGAAGCACCACCUGGUCAAAUCAUCGGCACUGUUAAACAGAAGUAA